AUCAUAAUUUGCAGCCAUGGAGAAAAAGCUUUAUUGCAUUUUGCAGUAUGCAUUCCUAAUCACCAUAACCUUCCCAAUGCUUUCUUCUGAAUCCAAACAACCUUUGAGCCUUGCAACUGAUCAAACUGCCCUUAUUUCACUCAAACAUACAUCUCUUUUACUUGCAACUAAUUGGACCAACUCCACCUCCGUCUGCAGCUGGAUUGGCGUCACUUGCAGCUUCCGCCACCACAGAGUAGCUGCCUUGAAUCUCUCCAACAUGGCUCUCUCCGCCACCAUUCCACCGCAGCUCGGACACCUCUCCUUCCUCGUCUCCCUCGACCUCUCCAACAACCUUUUCCAUGGAGAUUUGCCUCAAGAGCUGUCUCUCCUUCGCCGUUUGAAGUUCAUAUCUUUCCGACUCAACAACUUCACCGGAGACAUCCCUCCGAUGUUGGGUCAGUUACCAAAAUUAGAGCACUUGUCUUUAAGCAACAACAGCUUCAUAGGUUCCAUCCCAAAAUCGCUCUCAAACCUCACAAACCUACAAUUUCUUGACUUAUCUUUCAAUUCUCUAAGUGGAGAAAUUCCAAAAGAGUUUGGGAGACUUCAAAGUCUACAAACUCUAUCUGUUCGAUUCAAUCGUCUAUCCGGUGCUAUACCAUCAGCCAUAUUCAACAUCUCGACCCUUGUAGCUAUAGGAUUGGGACACAAUGAACUGAGUGGAAGUCUUCCAACAGACAUGUGCCAUAAUCUUCCAUUUCUUGCUGAUAUUCGUCUUUCUUACAAUCAGCUGAGUGGCACGAUUCCCUCAAAUCUAUCCCAAUGUUCAGGGCUUGAGGUGUUGAGCCUCUCUUACAACUCUUUUAGUGGGGAGAUACCUUCAGAAAUCGGCUACUUAACAUCUCUUCAGUAUUUAGCUCUUGGUGGUAACAAUUUGAAUGGAAUACUACCGCAUGAGAUUGGCCAUAUUCAGAGUCUGGUUACUUUUGGUGCUGAAAUCAAUCAGAUUGGGGGCUCAAUUGAUUUCAAUAUUUUCAUGAAUAUGUCUUCUUUGCAAACCUUAGCACUAUGGCGUAACAAAUUCACGGGGAACCUUUCAGGGGAUGUCGGGAAUAUUACCAUGCUAACAGGGUUAGACCUCUCGGAAAACCAUUUUACAGGUACAACAGAGUAAUUGUCUGUUUAGCUACAAUAUGUGUUUUUCAAAUCUCAUGUUUUGCAGGGCUUAUUCCCACUGAAUUUGGCCAACUUUACCAUUUGGAGUCAUUACAACUACAGAUGAACAGCUUGAGUGGUUCGAUUCCACCUGAGCUCUUUAACAUUUCAACUCUUCGGAUUCUUUCACUUGUCGGCAAUGCUCUGUCAGGGGUUCUUCCAACCCAUUUAUGCCAUGCCUCUCCCUUUCUUGAAGGAUUGUAUCUUAGUGGAAAUUCUAUGAGUGGAGCAAUACCCAACUCCAUCUCUAACUGUUCUCAACUCACAAUUCUCUCACUUUCUGAAAACAAAUUCAGUGGUUAUAUACCUACUCAUCUCGGCAACCUAAGGCAUCUCCAACUUCUUCAACUGAAUAGCAACAAUCUUACCCAGGCACCAUCUUCUUCCUUCAUUACUUCAUUGACAAAUUGCAAGUCUCUAACUAUUUUGUCAAUUGGUGAUAAUCCUCUAAAUGGUGUCAUUCCAGCUUCUGUCGGAAACUUAUCUUCCUCACUUCGAAUAUUCAUUGCCAACAACUGCAAAUUCAGUGGCAGCAUUCCUGUUGAAAUUGGCAAUUUAAGCAAUUUGAUGACAUUGGCUUUGCUUGGCAAUGAGUUAUCUGGUAAUAUUCCACUAACUAUAAGCCAAAUGCAUGAACUUCAAGGAUUAGAUCUGUCUCAUAACAUGUUGGGAGGCUCAAUAUCACAUGCUAUAUGUGAUCUAUUCAGCCUCAAUACUUUAGAUAUGAGCAAGAAUCAAUUUUCAGGCCCAAUUCCUAAAUGUCUUGGAAAUGUCUCUUCUUUAAGACAUCUUCUUCUAGACUCCAACAUUUUGAAUUUAAGCAUACCAUCAAGCUUAUGGGGCCUAAAAGAUUUGAACUCUCUAGACUUGUCCUCAAAUUCAUUGAAUGGAUCCUUACCACAAGAGAUCAGUAACUUAGGAGCAGCAAUAUAUAUAAACCUAUCGAUGAAUCAGUUGUCAAAGUCGAUUCCUAGCACUAUCGGGAAGUUGCAGAAUUUGAUUAAUUUGUCAUUGGCAAAUAAUAGACUAGAAGGUCCUAUUCCAGUGUCUAUGGGAAGCAUGAUCAAUUUGGCAAAUCUCGACUUGUCGUACAACAACCUCUCUGGUUCAAUUCCAAAGUCUUUAGAAGCACUUCAACACCUCGACUACUUUAAUGUCUCUUUCAAUAGUUUAAGCGGAGAAAUUCCUAAUAGAGGUUCUUUUAGAAACUUCACUAUGGAUUCUUUUAAGGGUAAUGAGGCAUUGUGUGGAAUCCCCAAGUUCCAUGUCCAAAUUUGCUCUUCAAUUUCUAAUCACAGAUCAAAGAGAAAGAAGGCGGAACGAGCUUCAUUUAUUGUUUUUGGGGUUGUGGCUCUCAUUUCAGUUGUUUGUUUGGCCUUUAUAAUUGUCAGAAACAAAAGGAAAGAUAAGACGAAUAGAGAGGUUGAUGAGUUGAUAUUCAUUGUGCCGGAAAGAAUCUCUUAUUAUGAACUGCUGCAAGCAACGGAAAGAUUCGAUGAAAGUAAUUUACUUGGCACUGGGAGUUCUUGCUCUGUUUAUAAAGGAAUUCUUAACAAUGGGAAGGAUAUCGUUGUCAAGGUGUUUAAUAUGCAGCUAGAAGGUAUUUCAAGAAUAUUCGAUGUCGAAUGUGAGAUACUACGUAGCAUUCGACACAGGAAUCUGACAAGCGUCAUAAGCAGUUGCUCCAAUGAAGAGUUCAAGGCAUUAGUACUUGAAUAUAUGCCAAAGGGAAACCUUGAAAAAUGGUUAUAUUCCCACAACUAUUGCUUGAAUAUGAUGGAGAGAUUGAAUAUAAUGAUUGAUGUUGCAUCUGCUUUGGAGUAUCUUCACCACGGUUAUUCAAUGCCCAUUGUCCACAACGACUUGAAGCCUAGUAAUGUGCUGUUAGAUGAAGACAUGGUUGCCCAUGUAAGCGACUUUGGGAUAGCAAAGUUGUUAUGCGAUGGAGAUAGCUUUGUGUUAACCAACACGCUAGCAACAUUGGGUUACAUCGCUCCAGGUGAAGUUUCUCUAAAUAUACUGAUUGCACUUCACUUUCAAUCAAUUAAUUGUGUCUUCCUUACUGCAUACAUCAUGAUUUUUGUUGUUCCAGAGUAUGGCUUGGAAGGGCUAGUUUCAACAAGGUGUGAUGUGUAUAGCUACGGGGUGAUGUUGAUGGAAACUUUUACGAGAAAAAGGCCUAGUGGUGAUAUGUUUUGCGGAGAUGUGAGCUUAAAGAGAUGGGUAGAACUCUCACUUUCGGAGGUCCCAGAUGAAGUGAUAGAUGCCAACUUAGUCAUGAAUUUGGAGGAAGAAAUGAUUGACAAGAAUAUGCAGUGUGUAUCAUCCAUACUUGAAUUGGCUCUAAAAUGCUCUGCCGACUCUCCAGGGGAUAGAAUCAACAUGAAACAAGCACAUGCAGAGUUGCAAAAAAUCAAACAUCGAUUUUCUCAAUGAGAUUCAAGCAUAUAGUGUUGAAGAUUUUGAAAAGGUUAGAAGGCUGUGGCUACCUAUAGCUAGAAGAACCAUUCAGUGGUUUUCCGGCCAAGAAAAGAGCUCGAACGCCGCGCAACCUAAGCCGGAUGUCUGAAUGCAUCCUUCAAGAAACAAGAUUUGGUAUUUUCCAUUGCUGAUUCUAUUACAAAUUGUUGGCAAAAAAACUGUAACUACACAUCUAGACAUUAGGCCUUCAACCAACAUUACUUCCUUGGUGUUAUAUACACAAUCUAAAUGAAGCAAAUUUGUGUGUCAAAAUCUAGUGGAGAUGAUAGCCAUGAUCUGAGCCAUCAACAUCCGAAUUAGAAAGAAAGAUGGUAUUUUGAAUUACUACGUUUGGUGUCACGAAUUUUUUGUCACAUUUUUGUGUGUAGGAUUCUGGUAUGUUUGUUAA